GCAAAGUGGAGCGUUGGACAGUCAGUGGUAACUUCAGCGGCGAGGCAAGGCGGUCUCAGAGCUGAGUAGUUCUUGAAGGGACUGGGACACCUUGACAUUUUGAGGAUUAACGUCGUACCAGGAUUCCCAACGCGACCUCCGUGGAUUAUCAUCAUUAUCAGGAUGAAAGUGGUUUCCGUCGCCCUGUUCUACCUGGGCUCCAUCUCCUUCUUCGGCGUGGAAGCUGUCAAGCUAGACGUUGCAUCAAGCUUCAAGAAAAAGUGGUCCUCGGCGCUGAGGCGAGCCCGGCGGGACGAGUCAGCCCCGCUCACCGCGACACAAGCGACUGCUGGAAUGAAGCGGCCCACCCGCAGCCUGGACACCCUGGAGGAGUCUGUCCUGUUCACCGCGAUACAAGCGGCUGCUGGAAUGAAGCGACCUCUCGUGCGCAGCCUGGACGUGAAAGGCGAGCUCGGAAACGCGCAGCUCAGCCGCCGCGAGGAUGCCCACAUCCGCGUGAAGCGCUACCGCCAAAGCUUCAACAGCUUCCCUCACCUCCACAUCAACCGCGCGAUCGGGGGCUGCAAGUUCGGGACGUGCACAGUGACCAACCUGGCGCAUCAGCUCUACCACUUCACGGACAAGGACAAGGACGGCUCCGCCCCUCCCGGCAAAAUCAGCCCGCACGGCUACGGCCGGAGGCGGCGCUAGCUGAUGGACACUCACGAGGGUGCUGCUGCUGCCGCCGCAGCCGAGCAGAAGAGCGGCCGAAGCGCAAAAACGCGCAAUCGCCUGCUGCGCGCCUCUUCCUGGAAGUCAUGAGAGUUGCAACCUGUUGCCCAAGUGAACUUUAAACCAAGCGCUUUCUCCCGGGCCCAAUCCAGGGAAAUGGCAAGAUCGGGCGCACCUUCAGAGGCUACCUGGGGGUAGAGGGUUGGUGGCUGAGCCUGUGCUGUGCCUGGAGGGACGGUGUGAAGGGACAAAGUGAAAUGAUGAACUCUACAGACACCCUUUCUCUCCCUUCUGCGGUGAACUUUCAGCGGUGAUGGGCUCUUCCCCUCUGCUCCCUAUUGACUGUGUCCCCACCCUUCUGUCCCCCCACGGCAGGGAAUCGGCUACUCGCAAGUCCCUCUCUGGGCAGGGACUGCUGUCUUAUACUUGAACGGCCUGGCCAGGCGAAGUGCAAUGGACUCAGUGUGUGCGCGGUGUGGCUUGUUGCGUGCAGUUAAGGAGGAAUGAGUGGCUGGGUGGAUGUUUCCGCAUGAAAGGAGUGUGCCGUAUUUAAAUAAUUGUCUCCUGUCCUUGUAUUCUUUUUAAUUACAGAGUUAUUUUUAUAUGUUAUAUAUAUAUAUUGUGUAUGGGCAUUUUUUUGUAUUCCCUGUUAUUUUUAAAGUAUUGAGAAUGUCAACCUCUGUUUUCAUCAGUGGCGGCACCAGGAAAAAAAAUAGGGGGGGAGGGCAAUGCAUUUCUGGGGACAGGUGGUCACAAGAUUUGGCUCACACGUUCUAUUUAUGAAUGAUGGCAUAUUUCAUGUUAUUGCUCCUAUCCUAAACAUAUUUCUCUAAAGUAAGCUCUACUGAUUUUUGUCGGGGUUAAAUUAUCUAAUAAGCAUGCUUAGCAUUGCAGCCUUAUUGUAAUGUCGUUUGAUUCAGAAUUGGUAUGUGAAAAGUGUCUUUGUGCAACCACCUGGUCCAGCAAUAGAGUUCAAGCUAGUUGGGGUGGGGGCUUGCCCCCAUCUGGUGCUGCCUACAGUUUUCAUUUCAUCUGGGUUUGUCCUACUGCCUUAUUAUUUCUUUCUCUCUUGUUUGCCAUGGUCUAUCACAUUCCGGACUGGUAAAAGAUGUAUCACUGUUCUCUCCAGGGACAGUAUGUGAACAUAAAAUAAACAUUAUCACACAAAAAAGUUCUGGAUUUGUGUUUUUACACAAAACUGGUGAACUUAGUGCCUUGUUAUUUAGUUUCCCUCUUUAGAAUGCAAUGGAUUUAAUGUUGCUAAAUAGCAGGUAAUUUGUCAUUCUCCACCAAGCCAGGACUUUGAGCCAAAAUCGCCCCAAAUGCAUCCAACCUAUUAAACAUCAUAAAGUCAUAACAAAUGCUUUCAAGUGAGGAUUCAGGGCUGUUCAGGCAGCUCCAAGGUCUCUUCUCCUUAUACAUGUUUCAAGUGAAGCUGAAGCAUGUCAGAGCUUGGAUUGAUCAUCAAGUUUAUUUUUUGCUGCAAUUAAUCAGGGGAACAACUGCAUUGCUUUCACAUUGCACAACUCACAGAUUUAUGGACAGAAGGAACAUGUUCCAAAAGAAAAUGGUCAGGGUAGUUUCCAAGGUUAUUUAUGCUGAAGGAUUUCCUGGGCCACAGUUCAGGUUGAACCCAGAGGAUUAUUGUGGGCAGAACACACAUUCCUAAAACCACAGACCAACCCCCCCCCACUCCAACACUAGUUUCUAGCUAUGAGAGAGAUUGAUGUAACCACAGCACCAUCUACUGGCAUUUCUUUGUCUUUA